ACGUGACCGGCCCGCAACCAAUCAAUUGCCGCCCUUUGUAAUCCCGCACCAAAGCUCGCCUCUUCGAUCCCCCGGUUGUGCAUAACGUCAAGCUCUCUCUCAACGUGCACCCGGGACACACCGUCGACUCCCUCACUCUCGCCCGCCUCGCCGCCUCGCCGCCCGCACACCUCGAUCCGAAUCCCGGAAGAGCCCACCCGAUCCCCAACUUGCCCGGUCAAUUGGCACCGUCGCAUCCCAUCCGAUCUAGACACAAUGCCUUCCGCGGCGCAGCUCCCCGUUACGAUGUUGGCUCUGGCGUCAACAAGGCCGGUCGCGAGAAAUUCGAUGCAGCAGCACGUCGGCAGGCUGAUGGCUGCCAAUGCCAUGCGCACUUACGCCACGCCCGCCGGGCCCCCGCCUCCCAACUUCCGCAUCAAGAGACACCAGACCUGGGACGAGGACCAGGAGUCGACUCUGAACAAGAUGGGCCGCUACUUCCUGCUCUCCGAGAUGGCGAGGGGCAUGUACGUCCUGUUGGAGCAGUUCUUCCGCCCGCCCUUCACCAUCUAUUACCCCUUCGAGAAGGGUCCCAUUUCCCCCCGUUUCCGCGGUGAGCACGCCCUCCGCCGCUACCCAUCCGGCGAGGAGCGCUGCAUCGCCUGCAAGCUCUGCGAAGCCAUCUGCCCGGCCCAGGCCAUCACCAUCGAGGCCGAGGAACGUGCCGACGGAUCCCGCCGCACCACCCGCUACGACAUCGACAUGACCAAGUGCAUUUACUGCGGCUUCUGCCAGGAGUCGUGCCCCGUCGACGCCAUUGUCGAGUCCCCUAACGCCGAGUACGCCACCGAGACCCGUGAGGAGCUCCUGUACAACAAGGAGAAGCUGCUGUCCAACGGCGACAAGUGGGAGCCUGAGCUGGCUGCCGUCAUCCGCGCCGAUGCUCCCUACAGGUAAGGCGCGGGGCCUGAAGGUCAUCCGGAUGUAAGGGGCUGGCUAUCCGGGAGAGUGGAGACUAUCGAGGGCCGAAGUAUUAUUUUUGCGGUUUAAUGCUUGGAAGAUGGAUACAUCUAAAUGGGCAUGGCAGAGAUGGUCGCAGAGCAAAUGAGGCUGCCGUCGCCGCCGUCGCCGCCGUCGCCGCCGCCACUGCCGCAACUGCAGUAGCAGCCGGCAUCAGCAGCAGCAAUGGUUCUGGCAUGUUGUGUAUGUGUACAAGCAGGUCGGGAUCGAUUAGACUUGUGUAAAUAGCUCGCGAAAAGCAACAUUUUUCUUUGUCUGUUGCCCGUCGUUCCUAUCUUGACUGGCACAUCACUCACGGUCGAGGCCGUAGAAGGCGUUGGCUGGCGAUGAAUUUGGGCCUCGUCAGGCUUGCGGCGGUCAUUUCACCUUCAGCCCAUUAGAAACCGAGG